AUGCAUACCCUCAAGCCUGUCGCUUCGUCGACGCUAUCUCUGCCUACGGAUAAUUAUAUCUAUUCAAUUGUUCCGUCCGCUCCCGGUACGUUUGCAGCUAUCUCAUCCGAUGACUCGCUGCGGGUGUUUGACGCGAGUUUGAACUCGUCGGUGCUGUCAACCGCUGCACAUGCCGGCGUGACAUCUCUGCGCCGCUUCGAUGACUCCCUGCUAGCUACGGGAGGGCGAGAUGGGAAGGUAAAGAUGUGGGACGUCCGGGCUGGAAAGCCCGUUGUGGAGAUGCAAACGGCGAAGCAAGCCCCUGUGUUGUCGGUGGCUUGCUGCUCCGAGACGAAUACCGUCGUCGCGGGCACUGAGCUCGUCUCGUCCCAGGCCGUGGUUGCUUUCUGGGAUAUCCGAUCCCCUCAAACCUUCAAGCUUCAAUACGUGGAAAGUCACAACGACGAUAUCACCGAACUCCAAUAUCACCCGACCCGCAGCAACAUCUUACUCUCCGGCAGCACGGACGGGCUCGCCAACGUCUAUGACACGACAGUAGUUGACGAAGACGAAGCCCUGGUCCAGGUAGUCAACCACGGCUCCAUCCACCAUGCCGGAUUCCUAUCCGAGCGCGCCAUCUUCGCCCUGAGUCACGACGAGCUGUUCUCUGUGCACCCGACCACGGACCCAGACGAUGCAGCCCAGGAGCCCGAGCCCGUGCAGUUUGGAGAUCUGCGCGAUCCGCUGGGUUGCGAGUACGUUGCGCAGCUUUGUCUCGGUGCGCAGCCGUAUAUUGCCGCCGGCAACAAGAUGGAACAACGGCUUGAUCUCGUCCCUCUUGUGUCGGGACCUUGGUCGUUGGACCGUGAGAAUCUGUGGCGUCUGCCUGGCGCUCAUGGGGAGGAGGUUGUGCGGUCCGUUCAUCUGGAUGAGCAGAGUUCGUCUGUCUUCACGUGUGGAGAGGAUGGAUAUGUGCGGGUGUGGAAGCCUGAGGAAGGGGACAGUGAGGUUGCUCAGUCUGGAUCUGGAUCGAAGGCUCGGCCGAAGGAAAAGAAGAAGGAUCGGUUCAGACCGUACUAA